AUGGGUAAAGUCAUCUUGGUUACUGGUGUUUCCAGAGGUAUCGGUAAGUCGAUCGUGGACGUUCUUUUCAGCUUGGACAAGGACACAGUCGUGUACGGCGUGGCCAGAUCAGAGGCUCCGUUGAAGAAGUUGAAAGAGGCGUAUGGAGACAGGUUCUUCUACGUCGUUGGCGAUAUUACAGACGACUCCGUAUUGAAGCAGUUGGUUAGCGACGCCGUCAAGGGACACGGCAAGAUCGACUCGCUGGUCGCCAAUGCUGGUGUCUUAGAGCCCGUGCAAAACGUCAACGAAAUUGACGUCAAUGCAUGGAGGAAGUUGUACGACAUCAAUUUCUUCAGCAUCGUUUCCCUGGUUGGCAUUGCGCUGCCCGAAUUGAAGAAGACUAACGGUAGCGUCGUCUUCGUCAGUUCCGACGCCUGCAACAUGUACUUCAGCAGUUGGGGUGCGUAUGGCUCCUCGAAGGCCGCUUUGAACCACUUCGCCAUGACCUUGGCCAACGAGGAAAAGCAGGUCAAGGCCAUUGCUGUGGCACCCGGCAUUGUGGACACAGACAUGCAAGUCAACAUCCGGGAGAAUGUGGGCCCAUCCUCGAUGAGCGCGGAGCAAUUAAAGAUGUUUAGAGGUUUGAAGGAAAAGAAUCAGUUGCUGGAUAGCUCUGUGCCAGCAACAGUUUACGCCAAAUUGGCUCUACACGGUAUUCCCGAUGGCGUGAAUGGCCAAUACUUGAGCUACAAUGAUACUGCUCUGAAGGACUUUAUGCCUUAA